AUGUCGACCAGUGGCCACCCUCAGGCUCAGGCUCCACAACGAGAUGGGAGGCAGCGAACUGCCCCUGGUGGUGGAGUCUUUUCGAUCUCGUCGUCACCGCCUGCGACCAUGAUGUUUUGUAACUCGUAUAAGAACCAGACCUCCUGCUUUACCUCUUCCGCACCUCCAUCAGUAAUUGAUUCCGAUAGACAUUUCUCCGGAUUCAUGAUCUGCUUUAUGGAGUCAGAAACCAAAUCUGAUGGCCUUCAAUUCAAAUCCAGAUCCGAUACCGCUUGUUCUAGCUCUGAUCGCGAUUCGCUACUGUCAUUCGCCGCCAACUUCCCCACCCUUAAUUGGACUGCCGCCAUUGAUUGUUGUUCAUGGGAUGAAAUUGAUUGUGAUGACAUAGGGAAUUGGGUGGUGGAGUUGUCGUUGCCUGACAGAGGUCUUCGUGGUGUAAUCCCUUCUUCUCUUCAAUCUCUCAACACUAUCUCCCUCCUAAACCUGUCGUGUAAUUUCCUAUCUGGACUCCUCCCCGAUGGACUUUUUUCCUCUAUGAACAACCUUCGCAUCAUUGACGUGAGCUACAAUAGGUUUUCUGGACAGUUACUGGACAUCUUGCCUCCUACAAUCCAAUCGCUAAAUUUCUACGGUAGUUGUUUCAAUGGCACGAUUCAAGCUGCGUUUCUCCAGGCCAUACCAAGCCUGAUUGCUCUCAAUGUCACCAACAAUACCUUCAUCGGCGUCAUUCCUUCCUCUAUAAGCGACAACUCAACAGGAUUAGUGAUUAUCGAUUCCUUGAUGGAUACAACCUCUUAA